UUCCUUUCCCUCCUCUCUCUCUCUCUCUCAAAUGAAUGGAUUUGGUUCACGUUGUUGAAUAAAAGAAAACAACAUGACAAUUGAUAUGAGAACUGUGGAGUGUCUAAGAGGGAGACUACUUGCAGAGAGGCAAGUUUCAAGGUCUGCAAAAGAAAAAGCAGAGCUCAUUACCAUAAAGAUGGAAGAGCUGGAGAAACGUCUGAAAGAAGAGAUUAGAUUACGGGAGAAAGCAGAGAAGAAACUAAGGUUUCUGAUGAAAAAGCUUGAAUUCAUAAAAGGAUCGCGCAGUUCCGAGGGAUCAGAGCAAUCAAGUUCAUCUCAAGAUUCAUGUUUCUCAUCGGUUUCAACUUCAGCAUCCAAUGAAGGAGAAGGAGAAGAACAAGAAAUGGAUGGAAAUGGACUUACCUCCAUGGAAAAAGAGUUAAAGUUCAAAGCUCAUACAUGUUUCUCCUAGUUAAGCAAACGAUGUUGCUUCAAGUCAUGAAGUAGAAUCACUGGCUGGUAAUGAUGUUUCCACGCGCUCAGAUACAUCUUAAGAGUCCCAUACCUUUAGAACCGAGAAGUUGGGACCGAAGCUAGUAACAUAUUUUGUUGUGCUUCAUUUCAUUACAAGGGGUAGUUAUCCUAAUUUACAGAGGUCAAACAUUCUCAAUUUAUUUGUUUAGCC